AUGCUUAACCGACCGCCAGCAGGCAAGCCAAAAGUUGUAACCGACCGCCAACAGGCAAGCCAAAAGUUAACCGACCACGCCAGCAGGCAAGCCAAAGUGCCAUUGCUAACCGACCGCCAGCGGCAAGCCAAAGUUGCCAACGACCCGAGCAGCAAGCCAAGUUGCCAGCAGGCAAGCCAAAGUUGUAACCGACCCGCCAGCCGGGCAAGCCAAAGCAACCGACCGCAUUUGCAAGCCAAAGUUGCCAACCGACCGCCAGCAGGCAAGCCAAAGUUGGACCGCCACCGGCAACCAAAAGUUAUAACCGACCCGCCAGCAGGCCGAAUUAAACGAAACCGACAAGCCAAAAGGCAAACCGACCACCGACCGCAGGCAAGCCAAAGUUGCCAACCGACCCGCCAGCAGGCAAGCCAAAGUUGCCAACCGACCCGCCAGCAGGCAAGCCAAAGUUGCCAACCGACCCGCCAGCAGGCAAGCCAAAGUUGCCAACCGACCCGCCAGCAGGCAAGCCAAAAGUUGCCAACCGACCGCAAGCCAAAGUUGCAACCCAAACCCGCCAACAGGCAAGCCAGAGUUACCGACCCGCCAGCAGGCAAGCCAAAGUUGCCAACCGACCCGCCAGCAGGCAAGCCUAAGUUGCCAACCGACAAACCUGUAGACAAGCUUAAAUUGUCAAGCGAGACCCAUGCAGGGAAGCCAAAAUUGCCAAGCGAGCGUCUGCAAGCCUACACCUUCACCGGACGCCCUUGUGUGCAAGCCUACACCUUCACCGGACACCCAAUCUCUUCCGUGAGCACACAGAGAGAUGAUUGUGCCACUCUUAGCAAAUCUCCGUCCGUUUCUUUAUCUGACACUUCUGUUCGUUCGGAUGCUACACCCACUACUGCUGAACGUGAGGAUGAGGAUGAGAGUUCAAACCUUCAUCUUUAUCUUUCUUCUCCUGAAUUUGAUUUGUCGAUGCCAGAACUGUUGCCAAAACUCUCCUUCUUCACUAAAUACCGAAGCCAAACUUUCUAG